GUAUUUGGUUCUGAAGAUUGAAUGAGUUAUAUUUGAAAACUCUAAUAUGAGUUUUGCAGGUGGGAGAGAUGGAUCCAAAGGUUUCAUGAAGAGAGUUACAUCAACUUUCUCCAUCAAGAAAAACAACAAGAACACAACCAAUGAUCCCAAACCACUUCUUCCUCGGUCCAGAUCAACUGGUGCCAGCUAUGAAUCCAAGAAGCUGCAUCAAGGGAAAAGGGAUCUUCCAGAUAUUAUAACAAACACGAAGAGAACCAAAUCUGCUGGUGUCUCUCCUCAACCAAGGCGUCAAAAGAUAGAUGAAUCCAGGAAACAGUUCACCAAGCGAAGAUGUUUUGAUGACAUCGAUUCCGUUUACUUGUCUUCGGAUUGCGCUUCUUCUAGCUCUCUUCCAGGGAAACACAGAGUCUCUGUCUCCUUUCACUUCUCACUCGAUGAUAAGAUUGUUUCUUGGUUAGCAAAUGUCGCCAAGAAUCAAGAAGACACCAAAUAUGAUCAUCAGAGAAGUUCAAAGAAGGCAAAAUGUUCUUCAGAGAAGAACAACAAGACUUGUGAAGAGUCAUAUGAGAGUCCUGAGUUGACUUUACAGAGUCAUGACGAAAAGAAAGUUAGCUUCUCUUUAGAAUCAGAGAUGUCUAUGGAGGAAGAAGUUGCAGAGAUUGUGGAUUCCAAGAGCAAGACUGUUACGGAGCCACUUUUCUGGCCGUUUGAGCAGAAGUUUGAUUGGACACCAGAUGAUAUAUUGAAGCAUUUCUCCAUAUCUCCUCGGAGGAAAAAGUCAAUAGGAAGUAAAACUUCUGGUACCUCUCCGAGAUCAAUGAGGGCACAGCUUCAGACAAGAAAGCUGGUUCUCAAAGAAGGGUGUAAGAGAAAGCUCAUGUUCAAUGGUCCUGGAACAAGUCCAAAACAAGCACGAACCAUCGGUAAUAAGAAAACCAAGAUCAGCAGCAAGAACCAACAACAACAACAACAACCCAUCAUGAAGAGUUUGAAGAGGAACAAAAGUUUGCCAGCGAGUUUGAAAACCUCGAGAGAGGAGGUACCUGUUCAAGCUGCAGAGGAGAGUGUGGAGAUAUGCAAGAAAACACCUAAGAAGCUUAUCAUGACCCGAAGGUCCAGGACUUUCGUAGAAGAUGACUUUGCUUUGAUGAAUGAUUUCUCUAUUGAAAAUGCAGUGGGGCUUUGUGAGUUCAGGGGAAGAGAAGGCAUUGAUUCAGACUUCAACACUGAUGGUUUCAUGUUUGAAGAUUAA